AUGGAUAAAUACGUGACUGGGUUGAAAAGAAAAUUUAAUGAAGCAGAAGAAGAGGGUGGUGAAAAUAAUGGAAAUGUUUCUUCACAAAAUAGUAAAACUAAACAUAGAAAAUAUGAUCCAAUGUACUUAUCAUUGGGAUUUACGUAUAAGAUCAUUAAUGGUCAAGAACGACCAAUGUGUUUGCUGUGUAUGAAUACUUUGGCCUCAGAUAGCAUGAAACCAAGUAAAUUAAAACGACAUCUGGAAAAAGUGCACGCCGAUCAUGUUGGCAAAACAAAAGAAUUUUUCCAAAGAAAAUUAGAUAACUUAAAUAAACAGAAAGAAUCGUUUUCAAAAGCUUUGUCUGUAUCACAAAGAGCGUUACUUGCGUCAUACAAAGUUUCGUAUAGAAUUGCUAAAUGCAAAAAACCCCAUUCAAUAGGAGAAACUUUAGUGCUACCAGCAGCUAUUGACAUAAUAGCUACGAUGUUUGGUGAAUCAUAUGCUGAUCAAAUUAAAAGCAUUCCGCUGGCAGAUAAUACGGUGGGAAGACGGAUAUCAGAUAUAUCUGAUGAUCUUUGCGAUCAGUUGAUAGAAAAAAUUAAAUUAUCUUCUUUCGCGUUGCAAGUAGAUGAGGCUACCGAUGUUGCUAAGGAUGCACACUUAAUAACAUAUAUAAGAUAUGUUAUGGAAAAUGAUAUUAGAGAAGAGUUGUUAUUCUGUAAGACAAUUGAAGGCAAAGCUACGGCGAGUGAAAUUUUUAAUAUGAUUGAUAACUUUUUUUUUGAAAAUGGUAUUUUAUGGGAGAACUGUGUUGGACUGUGCACUGAUGGAGCUCCAUCUAUGGCAGGAAAAAAUGCUGGUCUGCAGGCCCUAGUUCGAAAAGUGGCUCCUCGUGCAGUUUGGACGCAUUGUAUGAUUCAUAGGCAAUCUCUUGUUGCAAGAAAUAUGGGUGAAGAAUUACUUGAAGUAUUUGAAAUUAUAAUAAAAGUUGUUAAUUUUAUCAAAAAUAGUCCAUUAAGAGAAAGGCUUUUUGGAAAAUUGUGUGAUGACAUGGGCUCAGAAUACAAAGCACUACUUUAUUAUUGUGAAGCACGUUGGCUUUCUCGUGCUAAAGUACUUCAAAGGGUGUUUGAGCUCAAAAAAGAAAUUGCCAUUUUUCUUGCUGAUAAUAAAAGAGAUGAAGCAGACAUAUUUUAUGACACGAAGUUUCUCGCAAAAUUUGCGUAUCUAGUUGACAUCUUUAAAAGACUAAGUGAUUUAAAUAAAUCAAUGCAAGGAACUCAAAUUCAUGCUUUUGUUCAAAAGGACAAGAUUACGGCGUUUAUGAAAAAAAUAGAGCUGUGGAUAGCUAGUAUGAAAAGUAAUAACUUUGAUAUGUUUCCUUCUUUUAAAACUACAUGUGUUAAUGAUGAUGAAAUAGAAGCAAAGCAGGAAAUGAUAAUUGAUUUAUCUAGUGAUAGCACAUUGAAGCAGAUGUUUCAGGACGAAAAGAAUAUUGUUAAGUUUUGGUUACAAGUAAAGGACGAUUUUCCAACUUUGACAAAUAAAGCCUUAGAAAUUUUAUUACCAUUUGUGACAUCCUACUUAUGUGAAACUGGUUUUUCUGCAGUAGCAGUAUUAAAAACAAAGUACCGAUCUCGUUUAGUGAUAGAAAAGGAACUGAGAACAGCGAUUUCUACAAUGGAGCCGCGAGCCAGUCUUUCUAAACUAAAAAUUUGGUCAAUCGAUACCCUGGCUCCAAACUUGAUAGCGAGCAGUCUGAAUACAAACAUUGUGGCCUUGUGCAAUGUUCGAAAUGAGUUAAAGACAAAAACUGAAUGCGGCUUGAAUUUGUUGCCCCAUAAUUUGAAAACAGGAUUGAAUUGUUUAGGAUUUGGUAUUGUGCGAGGUGUGGCCAAGGACAAAAUCUAUCUCCUAACACCCCUGUCUUUAGAAGAAUUAAACAAUAUCAAUUGCAUUGCAAACUGCACACAAGCACUUCCCUUAAACAUGCUAACAAAAGUGGGCCCUGAGAUCAAAGGACAUGCCCCCUUCGUAAAUUUAAAACGCGACCGACCCAUAACAGCAAAUAUACCUAAACGAAACUACUACCUACAAAGAUCAUUUACGAAUCGUAGUGCAAAAGAAACAUGAAUUCAAAACUUAUAAUAAGUUUAUUACUAAUAGAUG